AGAAGAGGAAGCAAAGAGAGCUGCAGAGGCUGCUCUCAAUCAGAAAAAGUUGAAGGAGAAGGAGAAGAAGCUGCUACGCAAAGAGAAAACCCGUCUGCGCAAUCUUGUUGCACCGGUAGUUGCAGAGAGCCACUUUUCUCUGUCAGAAGAUGAUGUCGAAACAGCAUGCUCGUCACUUGAUAUGGAACGACUGAAGAAGCUCUGUGAUAGCAUGGAGAACAAAGAUACAACAGAAAAGGCCAGAUUACUCAGUGGUGCUCUGAGCAAAGAAGGCUCGUCUGGUACUUCAAAUGAAGGAAAGAAAAUUCAAGCAAACGGCGUGGAUGGUUCCAAAGCAAAAUCCACCUCUUCAGGUGAGAAGGUCACGCAAGGCAAUACACUAAGCAACUAUGAGAAGAAAGAAGAGAAACCAUGGGGAAGGGAAGAGAUCGAGUUGCUUAGGAAAGCAAUACAAAAGUAUCCAAAGGGAACCUCCCGGAGGUGGGAGGUUGUCUCUGAGUUUAUUGGAACUGGAAGAUCUGUUGAAGAAAUUCUGAAGGCUACAAAGACUGUUCUUUUGCAGAAACCGGACUCUACCAAAGCUUUUGACUCUUUCCUUGAGAAACGCAAGCCAGCACCGUCCAUUGCAUCACCUCUUUCUGUAAGAACUGAAACAGUUGGUUUGCCUACUGAGAAAGCAGCUGGAAAUGCAUCAUCCAAAGCGCCUGCACAACAUGCAAGCAGUAAAACAUCCGACGAGAAAGCUGCUGCUCCUGCUCCUGCUCCUGUAUCAAAUGGAACACCUUCUGGAACAGCAGAUCCAGAGGCUUGGUCAGAGGCGCAAGUGCUGGCUCUUGUACAAGCUUUGAAGGCAUUUCCUAAGGAUGCAAGCCAAAGAUGGGAGCGUGUGGCUGCCGCUGUCCCAGGUAAAACCAUGGUGCAGUGCAAGAAAAAGGUUGCAGAGAUGCAAAAGAAUUUCCGGAGCAAGAAAAGCGCUGAGUAGAACAACAUAGUACCGGCACAAGUACUUUUUGUGGCUAGUGGCUGACAAAAGCUUCUGUUUGAACAUCAGUAUCCCUUAUAUGUUAGAGAAUCAUAGCUGCGUACUCCUGAUGAAUUUUGCCAGCAUAUCACGGCCUCCAGUGGUAGCAAUAAUUUUGGUUUGGAGCUCUGUGAGAACUCGCAUUGGGCCUUAACCGGUGUCGGCAUUCUGCUUACACAAGUUUUUUGGUCUACCAAGAAAGAAGCUGAUCUGCUGUUGUUGAUAGCUAAUGUUUUGGCCUUCCCCAACAUUAGGUGGACUUUCUGCUGACCCUUGGGUUGUUUAUGUUCGAGAGCCCCUUGAAGAGUAUUAUUUCCUUGCAUUGGUGGAGUGAUAUGAUCUGGUCUGGCACGACACAGGGAGUGUAGAGAACAGCAUCGGCAUUUAUUUAUCAACUUAUAAGAUAGAAAUAUUUGUUACAACUUGAGAACUUGCUAUAUCAAGAAACCAUAUUUUUGCCUAAUCAGAUUCAUUAUUCAUGUCUCCUUGUUAAGUUAUAACUUGUAAUGCCAGUGGUAAAUGCCCUUUUGUGUUGCUCUUGCGAGAAAAUGAUAGUAGUUCGUUU